AUGGCGCCUCGUUCAUUCCUACUCGCCCUGCUGAGUCUUCUCCUGACUCAGUCCGAGUCCGCGCCGCAACCCUUCAGGAGAGAAACCGGCCACCCUCAGUGGCACCACGGCGCCUUCCACGACGUCCGCGACAGCGUCCGAUCCGAUGUCCGCCGCAUGCUCCAUUCUCGCGCUGAGGUUCCGUUUCAAGUUCCGCUCGAAGUGAACGUGGUUCUGAUUGGUUUCAACGGAGACGGAGGUUACAGAUACAAUAUCGAUGCGCAUCGAUUGGAACAGUUUCUCAAAACUAGCUUUCCAGCUCACAGACCUUCGUGUCUAGAGACUGGGGAGCUACUUGACAUUGAGCAUCACAUGGUCUAUAACGCGUUUCAUGCUGGGCAACCUGAACUGAUAGCGCUUGAGAGAGCACUGAAAGAAGCAAUGGUUCCUGCAGGAAAAGCAAGAGAGACUGAAUUUGGAAGGGAGAUUCCUUUGUUUGAAGUUGAAGCAACUGAUGUGGAGCCAGUAUUUCAAAGGCUGUACUCCUACAUAUUUGACAUGGACAGUGUGGGAUCUUCUGUCACGGAGAUGGAUAGACCAGUGCCAAGUGCAAUAUUUAUUGUAAACUUUGACAAGGUGAGACUAGAUCCUAGAAAUAAGGAAAUUGAUCUUGAUGGUUUAAUGUAUGGGAAAAUUCCUGACCUAACUGAGGAAGAUAUGAAAAGACAAGAAGGAGAUUACAUCUAUCGUUAUCAUUACAAUGGUGGGGGAGCAACUCAAGUUUGGCUAAGCUCUGGCAGAUUUGUGGUGAUUGAUCUUUCAGCAGGGCCUUGCACUUACGGCAAGAUUGAAGCUGAAGAAGGAAGUGUCUGUACUAGAACCUUGCCUAGAUUACGAAAUGUGAUUCAUCCUGAUAGGUUGAUGAGCACAACUUCUCAACAAUCAAGCAAUGAUAUUUUUCUUGGGCAGCUUGCUUCUUUGGUAUCAACCACGGUGGAACAUGUUAUUGCACCUGAUGUGAGGUUUGAAACUGUUGAUCUUACUUCAAGAUUGCUUAUACCGAUAAUGGUGUUGCAAAAUCAUAAUCGAUACAACAUUAUGGAAAAGGGCCAUAAUUACAGUAUUGACAUAGAAAAAAUUGAAGCAGAGGUGAAAAGUAUGCUUCAUGAUGGGCAAGAAUUAGUAAUUAUUGGGGGUGCUCAUUCACUACAUCGUCAUGAGAAGCUGGCAAUUGCUGUUUCAAAAGCUAAGCGUGGACAUUCCCUGCAGGAAACCAAGAAUGAUGGCCGUUUCCAUGUUCAUACCAAGACAUAUCUGGAUGGUGCUAUUUUAAAAGAAGAGAUGGAACGUUCUGCUGAUGUGCUUGCUGCCGGAUUGCUUGAAGUUGCUGACCCAUCUCUUUCGAGUAAAUAUUUCCUCCGCCAGAAUUGGAUGGAUGAAUCUGAAGAGUCAACUGAUUCUAUUCUUAAGCAUAAGCCUCUCUGGGCUUCAUAUAACUCAAAAUAUGGCAAGAAAAGGAGAAAGAAAGUAAAGAAACAAGGGGAUCUACAACCAACUUAUGGAACUAGAGUAGUUCCUGUCUUUGUGCUAUCACUGGCGGAUGUGGAUCCAAACCUUAUGAUGGAGGAUGAAAGUAUGGUAUGGACAAGCAAUGAUGUAGUAAUUGUGCUUGAGCAUCAAAAUGAAAAGAUUCCUUUGAGUUACGUUUCAGAAACACAUAGAAGGCAUGCUAUUCCAUCUCAGGCACAACGUCAUAUAUUGGCUGGUCUUGCCUCAGUUGUAGGUGGUUUAAGUGCACCAUAUGAAAAGGCUUCUCAUGUACAUGAAAGACCUGUUGUAAAUUGGCUUUGGGCGGCUGGUUGCCAUCCAUUUGGACCGUUCUCUAAUACUUCUCACAUCAGUCAAAUGCUCCAAGAUGUUGCUUUGAGGAACUCAAUAUAUGCCCGUGUGGAUUCUGUACUUCAUAAAAUUCGUGAUACAUCAGAGACUGUGCAAACAUUUGCAGCAGAGUAUCUGAAAACUCCCCUUGGUGAACCAGUAAAAGGGAAGAAAGAAAAGUCAAGCACUGAAUUGUGGUUAGAGAAGUUCUACAAGAAAACUGCUAAUUUGCCGGAACCCUUCCCACAUGAAUUAGUUGAUCGCUUAGAAAAAUAUCUUGAUGGCCUGGAGGAGCAGCUUGUUGAUAUGUCUUCACUGUUAUAUGAUCAUCGGUUACAGGAUGCCUACUUGAACAGUUCAGAUAUUCUGCAGAGCACCAUGUUCACCCAACAAUAUGUUGAUCAUGUCUUGGCCACCGAGAGGGAAAAUAUGAGAUGCUGCAAAAUUGAGUACAAAUAUCCCGUCCACUCCUCUCAAACUUAUAUAUAUGGGGGAAUACUUAUUGCUGGAUUCGUUGUGUACUUUGUUGUAAUUUUCUUCUCAAAUCCGGUGCGCUGA